AUGACAGGCGAUGGUAAUCCUCACCGCUCUCUCACCGCAGCAAGGUUCCUAGGCCAGUCUUUUCCUCAGUCCCAAUGUGUAGAAAAUUGUCAUCCUGGAUUUGUCAAACAAGUUCGGGAAGGAGAGCCAGUUUGCUGUUAUGACUGUGUUCCUUGUCCAGAGGGGACCUUCUCCACUCAGGAAGAUACUGAAAAAUGCACCAAGUGCCCAGAAGAUCAGUAUCCAACUGAGAACAGAGUCCAAUGUAUCCCCAAAAGAAUAAUCUUCCUAUCCUAUGAAGAACAUCUGGGAAUUAUCCUCGUCGCCUUUGCCCUAUUCCUGUUCCUAACCACAGGCUUUGUUUUAAUCCUAUUCAUUAAAUAUCGAGACACUCCCAUUGUCAAAGCCAACAAUCGGGAUCUCUCCUACAUCUUCCUGGUCUCCCUCCUGCUUUGCUUCUUGUCUCCUUUUCUCUUCAUUGGUCAACCAAGAAAAGCCACCUGCCUUCUCCGACAAACCGUUUUCAGCAUCAUCUUCUCAGUUGGUAUUUCUUCUCUCUUGGCCAAAACCAUCACAGUGGUGAUGGCUUUCCUGGCCACAAAACCAGGAAACCGAGUGAAAAGAUGGCUGGGGAAGAGCUUGGCCAACUCCAUCAUACUUUCAUGUUCUGCUAUCCAAAUUAUCAUCUGUUCCAUCUGGCUGGGAGUUUCUCCCCCAUUUGCUGACUCUGACCUCCACUCCCAGCAUGGA